GGCCCGCCCCCGGCCCCGCUGCUCCAUCCCGGGACGGGCCGGGCGCGCUGACAGUCGGGCUCAGCGGCGGCCGCGGGAGCAUCAACCGGGCAGCGCCCGCCGCUCCUGCCCGCGCCCACCUGCGGCGGCGGCUGCCCCGGGCGCGGGGCGGCGGGGGCGCCGCCGGCUCGGCGCAGCCUCACCCCGCCUGCCCUCCAGGAUGAGCCCGGAGUAUUCCCUGCGCUCCUUGCUGCUCAUCAUCCUCGCCACCUUCUCGGCCAACGCCAGCAACUGGCUGUACCUGGCGAAGCUGUCCUCAGUGGGGAGCAUCUCCGAGGAGGAGACCUGCGAGAAGCUGAAGGGUUUGAUCCAGCGCCAGGUGCAGAUGUGCAAGAGGAACCUGGAGGUGAUGGACUCGGUGCGGCGCGGGGCCCAGCUGGCCAUCGAGGAGUGCCAGUACCAGUUCCGCAACCGCCGCUGGAACUGCUCCACGCUGGACACCCUGCCCGUCUUCGGCAAGGUGGUGACGCAAGGGACGCGGGAGGCAGCGUUUGUCUACGCCAUCUCCUCGGCGGGGGUGGCCUUCGCCGUGACCCGCGCCUGCAGCAGCGGCGAGCUGGACAAGUGUGGCUGUGACCGCACGGUGCAGGGGGGCAGCCCGCAGGGCUUCCAGUGGUCGGGCUGCUCCGACAACAUCGCCUACGGCGUGGCCUUCUCACAGUCCUUCAUCGACAUCCGUGAGAGGAGCAAGGGGGCCUCUUCCAACAGAGCCUUAAUGAACCUCCACAACAACGAGGCAGGGAGGAAGGCCAUCCUGAACAACAUGCGGGUGGAGUGCAAGUGCCACGGCGUGUCGGGCUCGUGCGAGUUCAAGACGUGCUGGAAGGCCAUGCCCCCCUUCCGCAAAGUGGGCAACGUCCUCAAGGAGAAAUUCGAUGGUGCCACAGAGGUCGAGCAGAGCGAGAUCGGAUCCACCAAAGUGCUGGUGCCUAAAAACUCCCAGUUCAAGCCGCACACAGACGAGGACCUCGUCUACCUGGACUCCAGUCCCGACUUCUGUGACCACGACCUCAAGAACGGGGUCCUGGGCACCAGUGGGCGGCAGUGCAACAAGACCUCCAAGGCCAUCGACGGCUGCGAGCUGAUGUGCUGCGGCCGCGGCUUUCACACGGACGAGGUGGAGGUUGUGGAAAGGUGCAGCUGCAAAUUCCACUGGUGCUGCUCCGUCAAGUGCAAACCCUGCCAUCGGGUGGUGGAGAUCCACACGUGCCGGUGAUGCACGGGGGAGAGCAGCCUCCUGUGCCCUCUUUAAGUGACCCUGCUUCUCCCUUGCCCCACAGCCAGGACUGAGGAAGUGACCCAGACGCUGCAGGGAGAGCACAGCUCUUUACAGAGACAGAACCACAGAGAAAAACAGAUUUUAAAGAAAAAAAUAUUUAAAGUUUAAAAAAACUGAUCAUUGUUGGCUUUUUUUUUUUUUAAUUUUGUUGUGUCUGCUUUGCUGUAUUUUGGUGAAGCCAGAGCCCCUUGGUGCCAGCAGACACCUUUGCUUUCUUGGCUGUCUGGAGACCUGUGUGAUGCCAGCUCCUGUCAGAUGGGCUCCUGCUGCUUUUGGUGCUGCAGACAAGAAGUGUUUAAGGCAAGGGUAGUGCAGCAUUUGAAAUCUUCUAUUGCAGUUAUUUUUGUUUGUUUAAAGGCAUGUGCUGAGCAUCCUGGAGCACCGCUGCCCUGGCUAAGCCUCAGGAAGGAAGGAGCGCAGCCAGGUGCAUGGCAAGGGACAGGCAGGUGGUGACAGGGUGGCACUGUCCCCCAAGAGUUAAGUGCUACGUGGAGCUCAGCCAAGGUCAUCAGUUUAUGAGGGCAGUGGGAGACACUCCUGCACUUCCUUGUUGUGGGAUGCUCAAAUGUCUCCUGGGCACUGGAUGGAUUUUGGAGCAGCUCCAGUGACUGCUCUGAUUUACACAAGCUCCUCAGUGGCUGCCUAGGGCUAUUGGAGGACACCAUGGUCCCACCACGCUCCCCUUCCCCUAUCUCUUCUCCAGACCUGGUUCCACUGGAGACAGUGAAGGGCAGUGAUAUCUGCAAUCCACUGACUCUUAGUGAAGCUGGGAGCUGAUGGGAGAAAAACCAAGUUGAUUUCUUCUCCUCUCUCCCAUAAUUGCCCCCCACCUCGCAUACAUCCCACAACAGGUCUCCUCUUUCUCCUCCACGUGCCUGUUCUCCUCACUCAGGAAGGCACUGGGGAACAGUCCCUGUCCUGCUGAAUGCUGAGAAAAACAAAAGUUUAAAGUGAAGCAAUUGUUGGGGGUGGAGAAAUGCUGGUGCUCUGCCUCUGUUGCUGUCUCACCUUUAGGAAGGCACAAGAGAAGGACUCAGCCAGGGGGAUGCUGCCAUGUGUGCCCUGGUCACAGAGAUUUAGUGCAUCAGGGCCAGCUGUCCUGUCCUGCUCCCUGGGACCCUGCCACGAGGAUAAGGCACUGUCUGGCCUGCACUGGCUCCCCUCUGCCUAGGACUGGGUUAGUGCAGAGUCUUUGCUGUUGGGCUGCAGUAUGAAAUAUUUGGAGAACUAAUAAGCAGAGGGGCACUGCAAGGGAAGGUGGAAUGUGUGAACCAGUUCCUCUCUCCCUCUCCCACUGGUCUAUGAGUCAAGAAAUAAAAGGGAAGCAGAAAAAAACCUCAAAAUGGCACCUCAAGACAACAGGUGAGCAUUGCUGAGCCCUCCUGUGCAGGAGGGAGCUCCCUGCAUGGUCCAGAAAAGCCCAGAGCUAUGGCCAUCCCCCUCCUGGCUGAAGGAGGGGCUCCCUGCAAACCUGCAGUCUUCUUGUUCUUCCUUGAGAGGGGGAAAGGCUGGGGAAAUGCACAGGCAAUGUGAAAUCCCAUCUGUGCCAUGGCAGUGAUGAGCCUGUGGUCACUGGAAGGUCUCCAGGCACCAUCUGCUGACAACUGACUUGAAGCAGUGCAGGGCAAGGGAGGUUUGCAUUAGGGCAAACCCCAGCACAGCCCAGCUGCCUCUCUCCUGCCUGCUCAGCACCAGUUCCAAAAAAACUCCAGCAAAAUGUGCCAGAUGGUGGGGAGGGACACCCCAGGUGCGUCCUGAGGUGGAGCACCAUGGGUUGAUCCAUUUCAGUUCAAACCAGAGAUCUCACCAGAGCAAGGUUUGCCUCUCUCAGAUGGCUCAGUUGGCCAAGGUGCAGCAUUAAUUCUCCAGGUGGGGGGAGGAAUCCAAGCUUUGCCUCCCCUGGUUCCAUCUCUUCAGCCCCCCAAGGCUGCAAAUCCUCAAAUAUCUUAGAGACAGUUCUUCCCUUCCCAGCUCAUGCAGAGGAGGUCACAGACCUCAGGCCAUUGGCCAAGUCUUCUGGUACUUGUCCAUCUCGGAUGAGGGCCAAAGCUGAACAAGAAAAUCCAAAUCAGCGUGGAGAUAAUCUCUGCACAUGGGCUUUUUUCAGGCUGCAAUGAAAGCUAAGCCCUGCAAACGCCACCCAGGGAUAGUUUGUCUCUGCAGCACUCUGGCUCUUCUCAUAACUGUAAGUUUCAACACCAGAGGGGGGUUUAGAAAUGCGUUUUAAUAUUUACUUUGUCUAUUAAAUAAUGAGUUUGUGCUGAACA